GGUGUGAAAUGAGGUUUGAAUGUCAAAGAGUGAUGGCUUGACAUUGAAUUGAAUGCCUAUUGAGAGCACAUGUUAUUGAAUGAGUUAAUUGUGGUAAUGAUUGGUGUAUUGUCCUUAGGAAUGGGCCGCGCGAUGACAAUCGUCCCCGCGAUGGCGAUGACAACCAGGAAUACGGCGAAGACAGACCCCAGGGAAUGGAUCCCGAUGGUGUUAUUGAGAGCAAUUGGGAUGAAAUUGUCUCCAAUUUCGAUGACAUGAACCUCAGAGAAGAGUUGCUGAGAGGUAUCUAUGCUUACGGUUUUGAGAAGCCGUCAGCCAUUCAACAGAGAGCUAUCAUUCCCUGUAUUAAAGGAAUGGAUGUGAUAGCUCAGGCGCAGUCGGGAACCGGCAAAACGGCCACCUUUUCGAUCGCUAUUCUCCAACAAAUCGAUACAUCACUUAACGAAUGUCAGGCCCUUAUACUGGCGCCGACCCGCGAGUUGGCCCAACAGAUCCAGAAAGUGGUGUUGGCUUUGGGC